AUGCCCCGUGCCAUCAGAGGCGUCCUGAUCGAGUGCGAUCCUUCCAUCAAGUCCAUCAUCGUCAAUAUCGACAGCGUGAACCACGACUUCAUCAUUGAGGACCUGGACGAGGAACGUGUCGUUGUCAAGGAGAAUAUGGUUCAUCUUCUCAAACAGAAGCUCGAAGACCGCCUCAAGGAGAAUCUUCCUCCCGUUGACGAGUCCGGUUCCGAGUAA